CAGCAGAGCAGUUGCCUGAGUUGCCGUAUGUCAUCGAUGGUCGUUCGUCCGUGCGUGCAGUGGUGGUGUGCAGUUUUAUAGUUGGAUCGCCUGUUGUACCUAGCUAGCACUAGGCGCGGUUACGAAAACGUUACAACAUUGCUUUGUCUUGUCUUAUCGUGCCUGCCUGCAGAUGUUUUCUGGGACCGAAGCCAUGUUUUAUUGAUUUUGAGUGCGAGAAUUUUCCAUAAACACAAGGCUUUGUCAUCAAUGAAGUGAUCUGAUUGUGUUCUAAAUAAACUAUCGAACAGUGUCAUUGGACAGGAUCAGUCAUCCGUUUCAUGCAUGUUUCUCCAACCAACGUAAUAGUGACAUUUUGUGAUCGUCGUUCAAUACUGUGCACCCCCUGGAUAAAACGAGUGUUGUCAGACGACUAGAAAAUUUAGUAAAAAAAUAUCUUCCUACUACCUGCCUGUCUUUGUCACCUCAAUAUCUGAAAUCACCGGAAGAGCCAAUGUUAUUUUAAGGUCUCCAUCCCCUUGAGGGCAUCCCGCAAUGGUAGACUACUACAGGAUACUAGGCGUUACGAAGACUGCCACAGAGACAGAAAUAAAGAAAGCGUACAGAAAACUUGCACUGAAGUGGCAUCCUGACAAAAAUCCUGAUAAUGCAGAUGAAGCCAAUAGAAGGUUUAAAGAAAUAUCAGAAGCUUAUGAAGUUCUCUCUGAUGAAACCAAGCGGAAAUUAUAUGAUGCAAGGGGAUCCAGUCAUCAUGGGCACAGAUAUCAAAGCAAGAAUGGAGUAAAUGGGCACCGACACUUUAGCUUCAAGGGUUUUUUUGGAGAGACACCAUUCCACCGCUUUUUUGAACGGAAGCGGCGAAUGUACGAUCAAUAUGGAAAGGAGGGCUUGAAUAACAGCAGAGGCCGUCGCUCAGCGGCCGAUGAUGACUACGAGUUCGGCUACGCGAGUUUCCCGUUCACAUUCCGAGAUCCGGAAGAAGUGUUUAGAGAAUUCUUCGGCGGGUCUCCUUUCGGCGAACUUUUUGCUGGUUUUCCCCUAUCCCGUCCAGAAAUCAACGGGCACGGCCACCACCGGCACGGGCGGCGCGCGCAGCACGCGGGCACGUCGCUGACGUCGUCGCUGUUCAGCCCCUUCGGCUUCGGCAUGGGCGGGCUGGACGACAUCUUCGCGCACGCCGCCUCCAACGGGAACACCUUCACGUCCUUCUCCACCUUCAACAGCUCGCUGGCCGGGCCCGGCAGCGCCAACAUGCGGAGCACCACGACCACCACGCGCAUUGUCAACGGGAAGAAGAUUACUACCAAAAAAGUCACGGAAAACGGUCGUGAGACUGUGAUGUCUUACGAAAAUGGGGUCCUUAAAUCAAAGACUGUCAAUGGAGUAGCCCAGUCACUAACAUACAGUUAGACAGCUAAAUUAAUUAAAAAAAACCUUCUUAAUAUAACCAAACGUGAUCCAAAUGUCAACUGUACUCAAUGAAAGCGAGUUAAAGUUCCAACUUUAUUAAUAGUUUUGCUUAUUUUUAACAUGUUUCAAAAUCUGUAAAUUUUUAGUGAUGGAAACAUUGAAACACUUAUGUAGUAAUGGUAAGGUCGCUUUUUAACUUUGAGUGAGUUUUAGAGUAGGUAAACUGCUCAAUCAAAUAAAUCUCCCUCUAUAUGAAUUUUUGUGUUCUACUUGUCGUCGCUCGCAUCUUUGAUCUCGAACUCUGCGGACGAGUUAUGUAGGUACAUAUUUUAACUAUACCUAUUAACAAUUUUAAUGACGUGUAAUGCGAUGAUUAAUUAAUUAUUAUUAUUACUUUGCUGCCAAUUAUUUUGUUUAGCAGAAUAGUGUUAAAAGUGUUUAGGUGAUGACUAGCUUUAUUCUAGAAACGUUUUUAAUUCACAAAAAAGUUUACUUUAAGACCAACAAUGAGAUGGAAAAUCAAGUGUUCUCUUUUUAAUAUAAAUUAAAAUACACUCUGUUAAUAAUAUUUUAAAAACAUACGGAGCAAGCAUUUUUUAAACAAGUUGUAUAGUAAUAUUCUUCAAUAAGGUUUACGGAUUUUGAAUUCAAAUUAUGUCUUACUGAACUGCCACUUUCGAAGAUUCUAUUGUUCAAAAAUACAGAAUCUGAUGAUUCUUAUAGAUUAAAAAAAAGUGAGUUCAGUUGAUUCAUACCUACGCAGCUACGUCUCCAGAAUAUUGCUAGUUACACACACUGUAUAUUUAGUCAUAAUUGUAAUCACAUUUAUUUUUUAUAUCAGUGUUGGAACGACUAAGAUAACAAGUUAUCCUUCAUCAUGAAUGUUUCAAAAACAGGUGAUAGGGUACCUACCAACAAUUAUUAGAAGUAUUAAUUAUUUUCAAAAGUUAUUUAAUUGUCACGUUUCAAAUAGAGUGAUGUUCUAAUAAAUUAUUUUGAUAGAUCAUUUACAGAUCUUUAAUGUUCAUUUCUUAGUUAAACAUUAACAAAAUCCGUAAGUUUAUUAGAAUGUAUCAUGGCGUCUCAUGCAUUUUCACUUUUCAGACAUUAGUGUCGCACCUUUUGUUUUCUUUCUGAUGGGACUUUUCUAACUUACUGUACUUAUUUUCAUGCCAUGAAAGUAAACAUGACUUACUAGUAAUUUAGUCCUUACCACAGCAUUUUAAGUAGCAACAUAAUUGUAUAAAAAUAAUCCUUUUUUACAAUGUAGGAAAAUAUUUAUAGCCAACACAAAUCAUUCCCAUAACAAUGAAAUAAAAAUAGUUUUGCUUGUCGGCUUACGCAGUAAAUGAAGCUUUAUUUUUGUUUGCACUGGUAUUUUUAAAUGACAAAUCAUUCCUUGCUUUAUCACUUGGUAAAUGAUGACAAUAUCCACUUUCGCCAUACACGCUAAAAUAUUUUGUGAUUUAUAUUUAAUAAAAGAAUUUCUAGUUAUGUA